GAGUGGCUCCCCUCAGCUCAUACAGCACUCAGGUCCUGACCUGCCCUAACUCUGAAGGAGAGGAUGGCUCAGAGUCUCACGCAGAGACACCAGGCAGUGAGACCAGUAUGGAGAGCCAGCCCUUCCAGACAUGUGUCAACACGGCCCUGAAGGUGCUGGGUGGUUUGCUGAUGGUGCUGUGUAUUUCCUCCUCCUGGGUGGGUACCACUCAGGUGGUGAAGCUGACCUUCCAGUCAUUCUCCUGUCCCUUCUUCAUCUCCUGGUUCAGCAGCAACUGGAACAUCCUCAUCUUCCCCAUCUACUACUCGGGGCACAUAGUCACCACGCGGGAGAAGCAGACCCCCAUACAGAAAUUUAGGGAGUGCAGCAAGCUCUUUGGGGAGGAUGGAAUGACUCUCAAGCUUUUUGUAAAGAGGACAGCACCCUUCUCAAUCCUGUGGACACUGACCAACUACCUGUACCUCUUAGCCUUGAAGAAACUGACCGCCACUGAUGUCUCUGCCCUCUACUGUUGCCACAAGGCCUUCGUCUUUCUCCUCUCAUGGAUUGUCCUCAAGGACCGGUUCAUGGGUGUUCGGAUUGUGGCCGCCAUAAUGGCCAUCACAGGUAUUGUCAUGAUGGCUUAUGCUGAUGGUUUCCAUGGUGAUUCUUUUGUGGGUGUGGCAUUGGCUGUAGGCUCAGCCUCAACUUCAGCUCUUUAUAAGGUGCUGUUCAAGAUGUUCCUAGGCAGCGCCAACCUUGGAGAAGUGGCUCAUUUUCUUUCCACUAUGGGCUUUUUCAACCUCAUCUUCAUCUCCUGUGUGCCCCUCAUCCUGUACUUCACCAGGGUAGAGCACUGGGGCUCACUGUCCUCACUGCCCUGGGGAUAUAUGUGUGGACUGGCAGGAUUGUGGCUGGUGUUCAACAUCCUGGUCCAUGUUGGUGUGGUACUGACUUACCCCAUUCUGAUCUCUAUAGGGACACUUCUCAGUGUGCCAGGCAAUGCAGCUGUAGAUGUUUUGAAACACGAGGUGAUCUUCAGUGUGGUGCGACUGGCUGCCACCUGCAUCAUCUGCCUGGGAUUCCUGCUCAUGCUGUUGCCAGAGGAAUGGGACUCGGUCACUCUGCGUUUCCUGGCCACCAUUGCAGACAAAAAGUCUGAGGAACAUGGCGAGGAGCUUACAGAGUCCAGCACCCACACUCGGAGCCGCAGCCGAGCAAACGGCACCGUUUCCAUUCCCUUGGCAUGACGAGGAUCUGACUGUGACCUCUGUUAACCAGUCUGGAAACCCCACAUUUCUCUGGAGCCCAGAAUGGAGAUGUGGUGGGAUGCUCAGUCCAUAUGGACUCAUCUAUCAGGAAAUGAGGAAGCAAUGUCUUGAACGUCAAACUUCGCUCUGGAGAUGUACCUCUGUUUUGUAUCACUUCACAACAAGAGGGGAAAUUGAAAACAUUUAUGGAUCAUGCACCCUGAUGGAGUUGAAAGUGUUAUUUACUUUCUUAAAAUACUUGCCGCGCUCUACCCCUCGCACGCACCCA